GCCUUGGCGGGGACGUUUGCGAGAGAAACCGUUCAAAGAAAGUGAGGGCUAAGGGCCAGGGUUUCGGUACUCGAGAACAUGGGCCUGUGUGGGCCCUCAACCCACACUACUGCCCUGCCAUUAUAUCUUGGUUCUAUCUAUCUACUGACUUUCCAACUGCGACCUUCCCCAUUUUGCACUGGCUCACAAGCAAAUGAGUGACGGACAAUCUCACCUCAAACGGACUGUCACUUCGAGGGACUUACCGAGCUGGAAACACUACACGUAUAUCCUUACUGGAUACCGAAGGCCGCAAGAUUGGAGAGGUUGUGUUCAUUCCAUAUAUGCUUACGUGCAUAACGAAACCGGAAACAUACACACCCACUUAUGGGCCGGUGUACUUUUUCUAUACUUUCUGGUCACAGUGAAUCCAUCGCAACUCACAUCUGGCCGAACGACAUGGGUGGACUCGACGGUGUUUUCAAUUUUCUUUGCUUCAGCCACAUUUUGUAUGCUGGCUAGCGCAAUAUACCACACGUCGCUUGCCCAUCGAUCUCGAGAAGUCUGCUCUCGCUGCCAUGCCUUUGAUUAUGUUGGAAUCAUUGUUCUGACCGUGGGAUCCUUUUGUCCAUUGCUAUACUAUGGAUUCUUCUGUGAAACGGAAACUCUAACGAUCUACGGCUUGAUUGUUCUCUUGAUGAACGCCGCCGGUGUCUUUGUUAUCGUCGAUCCCGAAUACGGAAAACCGACACAUAUUACUCUGCGCACUGCAAUUUUCUUGGGACUAGGAAACUUCGCCAUAAUCCCAAUCAUCCACUGGCUCAUGGUACAUGGAUCAGCGACGACACUUACGGGGAUGGGUGUGAAGUGGUUCAUCUUGUCCGGAUUCUUCUACAUUGGAGGUGCUUUGCUGUAUGCGAAUCGGAUCCCAGAACGCUUCAAUCCCGGUGCUUACGACUACCUCUUCCACUCCCAUCAGAUCUUCCACAUUUGCGUGGCAUUGGGUGCUUAUCUUCACUACGUCUUCAUCUCCGUAGCGCUUGAUCAUGCUUAUACUCGGUCCAAAUGUGCCAUAACCUGAUUUUCCUGUCAAAUCGCUUAUAGUUUGUUCAUACUUCUCUCACCAUUCCAUGUCCGGAAUCUCGAUUCUCCUCGUCAAACCCUCGUCUAAGAUGCUCCGUUCCCUUCGUAUCGUGAAUACGAUUAGAUGGUCGAAAUAGGAACAGCAAACGCCGAUCGGCUAACUCCAGCACAAUGCAACGGAAGGCGGAAAGAGAUACAUGGGGGGCCGCC